AUCUUCCUCUUUCCUCAUAAAAAGGGAGCAGCAUCAAAUAACAUUGGUAACAACAGCCACCUCAGUGCAACUUCAGCGUUACAGCUGGAGAGUCAUGCCUACUGCAAAGAACAGCCAGCAGAGUACUGUUUUCUAUGAUCUUUGGAGAUAAAGCUGCAUCUCCAGUGACUUAAACAAAAAGGUGGACGUUGUUGUGACUACCAUUACCGAUAACCUGAAAGAAGGCCUUCUAGUUCUCCCAUCAUUUCAGUGAACAACCUGGUGAUCAAGUUAGAAAUUCAAUGGAGGAAAUGGAAACCAAAUUCUGCAGCAGUGACAAAGAGGAAGCUUUCAAAAGAGAAACGCCAUACUGCAUAGGAGAAAUCGACUUCACCGCUUCUGGGAAGAAACGUGGAAAGUUUAUUAAGGUCCCGUGUACUAUUCAUCCUGGAAUUAUAUUUGAAGUUAUGCUCAACAAAUGGAAGCUACCUGCUCCCAAUUUGGUCGUCUCUUUAGUAGGGGAAGAAGAAAAUUUCCAGAUGAAGCCUUGGCUACGAGACACCUUAAAAAAAGGACUCAUAAAAGCAGCUCAAAGCACAGAUGCCUGGAUUUUUACCAGUGCUUUACGUGUUGGAAUAACAAGACACUUAGUGCAAGCAGUCCGAGAUCACGCACUGGCUAGUGCUUCAUCCAAAGUAAGAGUGAUUGCCAUAGGAAUAACUUCCCUCGGAAAAAUUCAGCACAGAGAAAUUCUGGAGAACGCAAAGGAUGAAAGCCUUGUACAUUACCAGUCAGAUGAUAAUGUCCAAGGCCCACUGUAUUCACUGGACCACAACCAUUCCCAUUUUAUUUUGGUGGAUCACGUAACACCAGAGGAUCCAGACAGAACGACUGAACUACGGCUCACCUUGGAAAAGCACAUUUCAGAACAGCGCACUGGGUAUGGUGGAACAGGCAGCAUUGAGAUUCCUGUGCUUUGCUUACUGGUAAAUGGAGGACCAAGCACACUUGAGAGGAUUUGCAUCGGUUUGGAAAAUUCUGCUCCCUGGCUUAUCUUAGCAGGGUCUGGAGGUACAGCUGACAUCUUAGCUGCAUUCAUGAAUGAGCCACAGCUUAUUGUGCCAGAAGCUGUUGAAAAGCAAUUUAAGGAGAAAUUCCCUGCAGAAAGCUUCUUGUGGAAGGACAUUCUCCAGUGGACAGCAACAAUUCAAAACAUUAUUUCACACCAACAUCUUCUAACUCUGCACAACUUUGAGCAAGACGAUUCAGAACUAGACACAGUCAUUUUAAAAGCUUUAGUAAAAGCCUGUAAAAGCCACAGUCAGGAGGCCCAGGAAUAUUUGGAUGAACUAAAGUUGGCAGUGGCCUGGAACAGAGUGGACAUAGCUAAAAGUGAAAUAUUCAAUGGUGAUGUGGAAUGGAAGUCCUGUGACCUGGAGGAAGUGAUGAUGGAUGCUCUGAUCAAUGACAAACCAGAAUUUGUCAAGUUGUUUAUUGACAAUGGGGCCAACAUAUCCGAAUUCCUGACAUACAGUCGUCUGCAGAGACUCUACUGUUCCAUUUCUCAGAAGUGUCUCCUCUACAAACUUCUACUGAAGAAACAUGAGGAAAGCAAAGUGACCUUGGCAGGGCUCACAGGUCAGCAGCAGCAGGAGUCCUACCCACUCUUCACUCUCAGUGAAGUUUCUAGAGUUCUCAAGGAUUUUCUCCAUGAUGCAUGCAAAGGUUUCUACCAAGAUCUCAGACACGGAGGCAAGAAGAAAUCUGAUAAAACAAAUACAAGGCAAUUACCUGAGCCCUUGGACAUGAACCAGAAAAGUAAAAAUCCUUGGAGGGAUUUGUUUGUAUGGGCAGUACUUCAAAACCGGCACAAGAUGGCAAAGUAUUUCUGGGCUAUGGGUCAGGAGGGUGUAGCUUCAGCUCUGGCAGCCUGUAAGAUCCUUAGGGAGAUGUCCCACCUGGAGACAAAGACAGAAGUAGCACGUAUAAUGAAAGAAGCGAAGUAUGAGCAGCUCGCUGUUGAACUGUUCAGUGAAUGCUACCGCAACAGCGAGGAGAGAGCAUUUGCUCUGUUGGUAAGAAAAAAUCAGUACUGGAGCAAAACCACCUGCCUUCAACUGGCUACAGAAGCAGAUGCAAAGUCUUUCUUUGCACAUGAUGGUGUCCAGGCCUUCCUGACAAAAAUAUGGUGGGGUGACAUGUCUACAAGCACACAGAUCCUGAAAUUAAUCUGUGGAUUCUGGUGUCCUUUCCUAAUCUACACAAAUUUAAUAGCAUUCAGUGAGGAAAAACAGUCAAAGAAAGAACCAGAGCCACCUAGAGAGCUGGACAGUUCAGAUACAGAAAAGACUUUGUUUCUUUCUAAGGAAGAAUAUAGAGGAAAUGGUAAAUUAGAAAAGCAGAACCCUUCUGAAAACACAGCGUGGGCAACAUUCUUGUUUACUCGGUGGAAAAAAUUCUGGAGUGCCCCUGUAACUGUAUUUAUGGGAAAUGUUAUAAUGUACUUUGCUUUCCUGUUUCUGUUUACUUAUGUCCUUUUACUGGAUUUUAAACCACCUCCACCUGAGGGUCCAUCUGUUAAAGAAAUUAUACUUUACUUCUGGGUUUUUACCCUGGUCUUAGAAGAAAUCCGACAGAGUUUCUUUACAGAUGAAGACACAAAUUUAAUGAAGAAAUUCAAACUGUAUUUAGAGGAUAACUGGAAUAAAUGUGAUAUGGUGACCAUCUUCCUUUUCAUAAUUGGGGUAACCUGCAGGAUGCUGAAUUCAACUUUUCAAGCUGGCCGCACGAUACUUGCCAUUGAUUUUAUGGUGUUUACCCUUAGACUUAUACACAUUUUUGCAAUUCACAAACAGCUUGGACCAAAAAUCAUAAUUGUGGAAAGGAUGAUGAAGGAUGUUUUCUUCUUUCUGUUUUUCUUGAGUGUAUGGCUCAUUGCCUAUGGUGUGACAACUCAAGCUCUGCUUCAUCCUGAUGACAAUCGAGUGGAGUGGAUAUUCAGAAGAGUGCUUUAUCGUCCCUACCUUCAGAUAUUUGGCCAGAUUCCACUGGACGAAAUAGACACAUCACGAGUGUUUCCCCGGAACUGUACGCUUAAUCCAUUGCAGAUUCUGCAGGACAACUCACCAUCAUGUCCUAACAACUACGCCAACUGGCUUGUCAUACUUCUGCUGGUUAUCUUCCUACUAGUCACAAACGUUCUCCUUAUGAACCUCCUGAUUGCUAUGUUCAGUUACACUUUUCAAGUUGUUCAGGGCAAUGCAGACAUCUUCUGGAAGCUUCAGCGCUACAAUCUGAUUGUUGAAUAUCACGGACGGCCUGCCUUAGCACCACCAUUUAUCAUUAUUAACCACAUAACUCUGGUUCUCAGAAUAAUCUUCAACAAAAAGGAACAUAAAAAAGAACAUCUGGAAAGAGAUCUUCCAGUUGGCCUAGAUCAAAAAAUCAUAACCUGGGAGCUGGUACAAAAAGAAAAUUAUCUUGUAAACCUUGAACAAGAAAGGAAAGAAAGCAAUGAAGAAAGGCUGAAGGCCACAUCUAACAAGGUGGAUAAUUUAUCUAAAUACCUUAGUGGGUUGAAAGAACAAGAAAGGCGGCUUAAAGUCAUAGAAUCCCAGAUAUGCUACUGUACAGCUGUUAUCUCUUCAAUGGCAGAUGCUUUAACCAAAACCAACCUAUUGUGCAACCAACCAGCUCCAGAUUAUACACGUUUGAUGAAUGCCAGCACCGAAGUGCCUUUGCCAGAAAGGGGUGAAGAAGAAGAGCAUGCAGAUCCAUCUGAGGCUGACAUCAUGUACAUUGAUAAUUAAAUUUUAUUCUCAAUUUGAGUUAAACUUUUUCCACUACUGAAUUACUACAGCAAUAAAACCCUAAUUUCAUGAAGGCCUACGACCCAAAUCUCAAAGCCUUUGAUAGUAUCUUCAUACCUGAUGUCAAACACUGCUGAUGGUUAAUACUGCUGAGGAUUUCUUGGGCAUUCUUCAACUUCUUGGCCUUCCUUCCCUCCUGAUGUUUCUUGGUCAUUUAUCCAACACUCCCCUCCACAAAUGGCACUACUUCCCCUCCAGGAUGACCACCACCUUAUUUUCUAUAUAGCCUGUGUUUUGUUCUCUACGUUGCAUACCCUCAAUCAAACUUUCAUCACCACCAAUGUCUACAUUUCUGUGUUCUUUUCAAGGGAGUUUCCCUUUUGAAAGGUAAUCAUUU